CCUCCUACAGAGGUUUGGGAAGGCUCGGUCCUCUCCUUACUGAUCAGACCUUGAGGCAACACAGUUAUGAACAUGCAGUGGGGAUUGUAUGGACUGCUUUUCUUGCUUUUACCACCUCAGCAGGGGGCAGCAUGUCCCAGCCGGUGUUUAUGCUUUCGGACCACUGUAAGGUGCAUGCAUUUGAUGCUGGAUUCUAUCCCCGAUGUCCCAGUCCAGACCACUGUACUUGACCUGCGCUUCAAUCACAUCCGUGAGAUAAUCUCUGAUGAUCUUCAGAAGCUGAAGAACCUCCAUACUUUAUUACUGAACAACAAUCAAAUUAGACGGAUUUCACAGAGAUCAUUUCAAGCGCUGAGAGAUCUUAAACAUCUUUAUCUUUACAAGAAUGAGAUCCGCAGUGUACAGAGGAAUGCUUUCUAUGGCCUCCAGUCCCUGGAGCAGUUGUAUCUUCACUUCAAUAACUUGGAAACUCUUGAUGCAGAGACCUUCGGGGACCUGCCCAAGCUGGAGAGGCUUUUCUUGCACAAUAACCGGAUCACCAGGAUUCAGCCCGGAGCAUUCUCUAAGCUUCCAUCUCUCCACCGGCUACGCCUGGACUCCAAUCCCCUGUUCUGUCACUGUGAACUCAUGUGGCUGGCGGAUCUUCUCCGUAUGCUCACAGAGAGGAGCAGCACACACACAGUUGCAAUGUGUGAACAUCCUGUCCACCUGCGAGGGACGUCGGUGAGCUCAUUGUCUAAGGACCAGUUCAACUGCGAGGUUCCUCGUAUCACAUCAGAACCUAAAGAUGCAGAUGUCAUUCUCGGGAACACUGUCUAUUUCAUCUGUCGGGCAGAAGGGAACCCUAAACCUGAUAUUGUAUGGCUACACAACAACAAUGAGAUUGAUACAAGCUAUGAUGGGCGUCUGAAUCUUUUACACGAUGGGACCCUAAUGAUCCACAAUACACAGGAAUCUGAUAAAGGCAUUUAUCAAUGUGCGGCCAAAAACAUAGCCGGAGAGGUGCGCACACCGGAGGCCAUUCUACGGUACUCCGGCAGCCGAUCAAAGCCGUUUUUUAUAAUUCAGCCCCAGAACACAGAAGUCCUAGUGGGCAGCAGCGUAACGCUUGAAUGUGGCGUCUCCGGAGAUCCCCAGCCACAUAUUACAUGGACCACAGACACAGGAGAUCCUGUCUCCACUAAUGAUCGCUUCACCAUCACCAGCUCUGGAGACCUGUAUAUCCAAAAUGUCACCUUCUCUGAACAGGGACUUUAUUGGUGUCACGCCAACAACAGCGAAGGCUCCAUACAGGCGUCUGCCUCUAUUAUUGUGCAAGAAGUGCAGAAGUUUACUGUUCUUCCCAGUGACCAAACCUUAACUGAGGGUCAAGAUGCCCAAUUUCCAUGUUUUGCAAGCGGGCGCCCAGCUCCAGUCAUAACCUGGACUAAACAAGGAGAUGAAUUGCCAAAUGAUGGAAGGCACAUCAUUCAAGAAUCAGGGACUCUCCAGAUCCUGAGGGUCAGCCAUGGUGAUGGGGGCCAGUAUGAGUGUCAUGCUACAAGUUCUAUGGGGGUGAACUCAGUGUCAGUACAGCUCUACAUACAGCCACAAGACAUGGUGCGCUUUGGAGAUGCCUAUGUGGAGAUGUCCUUACGAGAGGCUAUACAUAGUGUCAACACCAGCUUCAACUCCGCUCACAGGCAUCUGUUCAGCUGGCUCCCCAAAUCUCCCAGCGACCUGAUGGCACUUGCUCGUUAUCCCAGAGAUCCUCAAGCUAUCGAAAUAGUAAGGGCAGCAGAAAUCCUAGAGAUGACGCUACAACUCAUAGAGGAACAUGUGCAGCAAGGACUUCCUGAAGAUCUUAAUACUACAAGCUACCACUACAGUGAACUGGUCUCCCCUCACUAUAUCAGCAAGAUUGCCAAUUUGUCUGGCUGUUCUGCCCACAGACGGACUCCUAACUGCUCUGAUCUCUGUUUCCACCAACAUUAUCGCAUGCAUGAUGGAACCUGUAACAACCUCCAACAUCCGACAUGGGGGGCAUCUCUCACUGCCUUUCAGCGUCUUCUUAAACCCUCCUACCAGAAUGGAUUUAAUCUCCCACGUGGACUUGGAGCCACGGAAGGGUCAGGAGCUUUGCCUUUACCGUUACCGCGUCUGGUGUCCACAACCAUGAUAGGUUCAGAGACCAUUACUCCAGAUUCUCAGUACACACACAUGCUCAUGCAAUGGGGGCAGUUCUUGGACCAUGAUCUGGACCAAACUGUGCCAGCACUCAGUAUGUCCAGAUUUUCAGAUUCUGCACCUUGCAGCCAAGUUUGCACCAAUGAUCCUCCCUGCCUUCCAAUUGAUAUACCUGACAAUGAUCCACGUGGGAACAGUGGACGAUGCAUGUUCUUUGCUCGAUCCAGUCCAGUCUGUGGGAGUGGAGUCACUUCUCUUCUUUUGGAUUCUGUUUAUUCUCGAGAGCAGGUUAAUAUGCUGACCUCAUACUUGGAUGCCUCAAAUGUUUAUGGAAGUACGGAGCAGGAAUCCCGUGAGCUGAGAAAUCUUCGUAACCAGAAGGGUAUGUUAAAAGUUGGCCAAGUGGUACCUACUUCAGGAAAACACUUGAUGCCUUCUUCCAGUGGACCUCCGACAGAGUGUAUGAGGGAUGAAAGAGAAAGCUCAGUUCCAUGCUUCCUUGCUGGAGACCAUAGGGCUAAUGAACAGCUUGGCCUCACCUCCAUGCAUACGCUGUGGUUUCGGGAACAUAACCGUAUUGCUGAACAUCUGCUAAAAAUUAACCCUCUCUGGAAUGGGGACAAGGUCUACCAUGAAGCCCGGAAAUUAGUAGGUGCUCAAAUGCAGCACAUCACCUUUGAACACUGGCUUCCUAAAAUCUUUGGAGAAAUUGGUCUGAGUAUAUUGGGAGAAUACAAAGGCUAUGACCCUAGUGUCAAUAGUGGGAUCUUUAAUGCUUUUGCCACUGCUGCCUUCCGAUUUGGACACACAUUGAUUAACCCAAUUCUUUAUCGAUUGAAUGAAAGCUUUCAACCCAUUAAGCAAGGACAUCUCCCACUGCACAAGACUUUCUUUAGUCCCUUCAGGUUGAUCCAGGAUGGAGGCAUUGAUCCAGUGCUUCGGGGACUUUUUGGGGUACCUGGAAAGAUGAGAGAACCCACAGAGCUGCUGAACUUGGAACUCACAGAGAAACUGUUUUCUGCAGUACAUACUGUGUCCUUGGAUCUUGCUGCAAUUAAUAUCCAACGUGGCCGAGACCAUGGUAUUCCUCCCUAUAACGACUUCAGGGUUUUUUGCAAUCUAACAUCAGCCCAGGACUUUGAGGACUUUAAGGAAGAGAUCAAGAAUCAAGAUAUACGAGAGAAGCUUCGUAGCCUCUAUGGGACACCUAAAAAUGUGGACCUUUUUCCAGCCCUGAUUGUGGAGGACCUGGUUCCAGGAAGUCGGCUUGGACCCACCUUAUUGUGUCUUCUAGUGACUCAGUUUAAAAGACUCAGAGAUGGAGACAGAUUCUGGUAUAGUAACCCGGGUGUCUUCACUCCAGCUCAACUCACCCAGAUAAAGCAGACAUCGCUAGCUCGGAUCCUCUGUGAUAAUGGGGACAACAUUCGGCAUGUGCAGAAAGAUGUUUUCCAUUUAGCCUUCUUCCCCCAAGGCAUGCAGAAAUGUGAGGAUAUCCCGGGAAUAGAUUUACGUUUCUGGAAGGAAUGCUGUGACGGGUGUGGGAAUAAAGGUCAAUUUGAUGCUUUUAAUCUACCAUUCCGAAGCAGAAGGAACCAGCAGUUCAGUUAUUCCGAAGACAAUCCCCACAGAUUCAGUGCAGAGGAGUCUAGACUAAAGGAUCUUCCUGAUGACUAUUCUGCAGAAGAUCAUGUGCCUAGGCUCGAGAGUGCCAUCUCCACUCUACAGAACAAGGUGAAGGAGCUUGAGGCUCAUGUGAGGCACCUUCAAAGAAUGCUGCCAGACAGACACCCGGAGCACCAGAGUCAGCAAUGAUGUUAGCAAAGCUUCAAGCACUUUAUAAAUAGAACAGGGACAUUAAGAUAGUACUAAAUAAACAUAAGGAUGACAAAAAAAAAACGUGGGAUAUAUUCUGCUGUGCAUUCAGAAGAGUACAUUAUCUGUCUGACUGUUUAAGUAUUGAGGUCUGAUUACUUGGGCUAUAAAGCCUCUGCAGUAAAUAUACACAUAGGAUAAUUAAUACCUUGUAUUUCUUUUCUAGCAGCAACCUCUUUUGUAUUCUGCAGAUUGGUCAGUUACCCUUUCAAAAGAUUUUUCCAGGUCUAAAAUAUUGAUGGCCUAUCUUUAGGAUAGGCCAUGAAUAUCAGAAGAUAGAGGCCCAACUGCUGACACCACGGUUGAUCAGCUGAUUACAGGGGUUAUGGUGCUCCAGCUCAGUACUUUUAAUGGUGGUCGUGCUUUGGAUUUCACCUUAGUCACAUUCACUUGUAUGAGACAGAGUUACAGAGA